AUGGUUACGGCGCGCUGUUCGUGCUCCUCCGGCACGUGCACCUGCUCCGGUUCUGACGUCACGGACUUGUCGGGAUUACUUGCUGAAGGUAUUUGCGGCGGCGGUGGUCCCUUCACUAAACUUAUUCUAGUUGACGUACCAAAUCUAACUCAUCUACCGCAUGGCUUUACCCCUCUACAAGGCAAUCCUUGUGUUGACUUACGCAGGCUUGAAGUCCUGGGGCUCCAUGGGACCGGCAUCCAAAACCUAUCUUCAAACCUUUUUAAGGGUCUUAGCAACCUUCGAAAACUAGACCUGUCAAAUAACUCACAGCUCAAGUCUUACCGCGAUGGCUCGUUUGAACCUCUUGGUAGUACCUUGAAUGACCUCGUUGCCUCCGGCAACAGGGUCCAUUCGCUAACGAGGGGAGUUUUUUCUGGCCUGCACAGACUUCAGCGAUUGAUCCUCAGCCACAAUAAGAUCGGCUACAUAGAAGACGGGGUUUUUUCCGCCGACUGUUGCAGUCAACUUGUGGAGCUCUCACUUGAGGGGAAUAUUCUCACCGACCUUGAGAACACGGCCUUCGUGGGCUUGAGCAGCCUCCGAAAGUUGGACCUACAAGGAAAUCCGCUGCAGCGUCUUUCACCGGGUCUCUUCAACCCAUUUUCUGGAUCGUUGACACACCUUUUCAUGAGCCACGAUGACACUGCAACAUUUGGCGGAUUUGAUUCAUUCCCAGACAUGCUGUUCUCGAGGAUGUCCCAUCUCGAAGAACUGUCGAUGGUUGAGCUGAAGAUUUGCAAUCUGACAGCUGAUUCCUUUGUCGGUUUAACCAAUCUUCGCAAACUAUCGCUUCACGGAAACCGCCUAACAAUGUUUCCAAAGAACUGUUUCACUUCCAUGCCUCAGCUAGUGGAACUUGACUUGUCUGCGAAUGGAUUGUUCUGCAUUCCAGAUAACUACUCUGAACACUAUCCUGCGUUGAGGUCACUGGAUCUGUCUAGAAACGGCUUAACUCAUCUCACCAGAGAGUCAUUCUCAAUGCUUGGUUCAUCCCUUCCAACAGCUGCGUUCCCAAAACUCAUUGUCAACAUUUCCUCAAACCCGAUUCAACGCAUUGAACCCGAUGCCUUCUGCAGCUUCAACGGUCCAGUUGAUCUCAUAGUGGCACCCCCGGGUUCCAAUCCUCCUGCCUGGGCCAGUAUGGAUGGAUGGCCGGAUAACCCGUUUGCUCUAGUUGGAAACGACAGCAUCAUCCAAGGCCUGUCGAACACAGAGCCCGUUCGUGGUAGGCCAGAUGCUGCCACUUUCUGUGGUCCUGAAGGCAAACUCUUCCAUGCCAAGAUCCUCGACUCGAGUCUCUACAGUCAAUCCAAGCACACUAAACGCGACAUUGAAACCUCGCUUAAUUCCGGAUGUCCAUGGCUUCUGCCCGGCCAACUCUCCCAGUGGCAGCUGUCGAAGCUGGGAGUACCUGGACUGGCUAGAGCCCCAGGCAGCGCGGGAGACAAAGGCUAUGCCCUUGAAGAGGGGUCCCGAAUCUACCUGCUCAUCAUAGUCGCCGUGUGCAUAACCUUCUUGUUAGCGGCACUCACUACUAUCAUGUGUUAUCGUGCCUGGUCACGACGCGCGACCCAGAAGAUGACUGGAGACGCCGAAGCGAAUAUCUUCCACGGCGCUUGUGGUCCCAGCAGCGCGGAACCUUUGGCGACGGCUGGCGACGUGUCGGAGAAGAACGAGCUGCUGGAGCGACCUCGCAAUGGACUCUCACCUACUUUGAGUCCACUGAACGAGGCGUCUGGUGAAUCCAACUCGACGACUGCGGUGAAUGGCAGUCAGGAGAGACGGACGUCUCGAAACGGACGUCACAACUCUGAGCCCAAGGUUGAGGAGCUCGAGACAAUGACGGCCUUUGGUGUGCUCUAG